AUGGCUGGAGAUUAUUUGUGGAUUGAGGGGAUUCCUUUCCACAGAUUCAUUAUUGAAAACUUGAGCUCUUUGAGAGAUAAAUUUGUGGUGAGGGAUGAAGACGUCAUUAUACUUUCUUACCCAAAGUCAGGAACCUUGGGGAUGACAGAGAUCGUCAACCUGAUCUGCAACAAGGGGGAUCCUGCCUGGGUCCAAUCUGUUGUCAGCAGUGAGCCUUCGAUGUGGUUAGAAACUAAAGCUGGGCUUCAACGUAUAAAGGAUCAGAAAAACCCAUGAUUCUACGUCUCCCAUCUCCCCAUUCAGUUGUUCCCCAGGUCAUUCUUCAAUUCCAAGGCCAAGUGUAUUUAUAUAAUGAGAAAUCCCAGAAAUGUUAUUACUUCCGGUUAUCAUUUCUGGAAUAUGGUAAAGAUUAUCAGAGAGCCGGAAUCAUCUGAAGAAUAUUCGGAAUGGUUCCUUCAAGGAAGUGUGCUGUAUGGAUCGUGGUUUGACCAUGUUCACAACUGGCUGCAGAUGAAAGGAAAAGAGAAUUUCCUGGUGAUAUCGUACGAGGAGCUGCAACAGGACACACAAGCCAGUGUAGAGACGCUCAGCCACUUCUUGGGCAAGAAGCUAAGCCCAGAAGAACUGAAUGCAGUCCUCAAGAAUGUAUCCUUCAAGACCAUGAAAGAUAAUAAAAUGAGCAAUUGUUCCCUAUCACCUGAUAUCUUUAUGGAUCAAAGCAAAGGUUUCAUGAGAAAAGGAAUCACUGGGGACUGGAAAAGUCACUUUACAGUGGCCCAGAGUGAAGCCUUUGAUAAAAUUUACCAGGAGAAGAUGGCUGGGCUCGCUCAAGACCUAUUCCCAUGGGAAUAAUGGCCUUAUAUUCCUGGAUCAGAUGUAAAUGCUGAAUUUCUUGAUGUUCUUGUGUUCGAGCACGCUCAUAGGAAGCAAAUUUUAAUCCUACAACUCAAUUAUAUGCUUCAUUGAA